CUUCUUUUUUCCUCUUUUCUCUUUCUUUCUCCUUCUCUCUCUUCACUCUAUUUUGCCACCCAAAUUGCUGGGUAUCUCACCCUCCCCUCAUCCGCUUCCGACUUUCUUUUUCAGCUUCUUUUGAAAUUAAUAAAUCACCUCAGGAACAAGUUACUAAGGAUUUGCAUUUGGCAUUCCUUUAUCUAUUGUGUUUCAGCUCACCAUACACAUUAGCACAGCUGUUUAUCAAUCAAUUGAUCAUAUUUUCCACUUGAGCGCCCAGACUCUUUCAGAAUGCAAUACGAGACGACGACAAAUCCCCCCACAAGGACACACCGCUUUGUGAAUGCUGUGCUCCGGUUUCCUUAUAUAAGGAUCUGCUGGGCAAUAUGCACCUUUGGCUAUUCGUUCCCUCGCAUACGGAGAGGAGAAAACCUGGGGUUCUGUAUAGCAAAGUCAGCCGUCAUUUUAGUAACUCGUCUUUCAUGCAUUUUGGGCGCAAUUUGGUACAUCAACAAUUGGUUUCAAUAUAGACUUCAAGGAAUAGAACGGCCUUUUAAUAAACUAGAGCGGCAGAUAACACGCGACUAUGGAACCACAGUACCACUCGUCAACUUGUAUUCAAGCGAAGUUGGAAAGAUAUUGGUCUCUGGAGUAUUUUAUUCCAACAAAACUGCAUACGCCCCCAUGGAAUACAGUGUUGACAGUGAUACAUGGUCAAAUGAUAAAGGUGACGAGAUGCUCUUAAUUACACCUUAUCGCGAGACAAUGCGUACCGACACGUCCCUACAAUCCAUUCAUAUCGAAAUCACACAUGUCCCACCUUUGCCGCGCUUCGGCUGGAGUGUCGUAGGCCUCCUCCAUCCUCAAAGGAAUUCAACCACUUUUAGCAAUCAAGACAUGCAAAACCAAUAUCACUUCCUUCCGGGACACUUUGUUGAAAUUCGAUAUACACCUGUACAUUUGUAUGAAGCAUAUCGAAUCGAGGGCGAUGAAAACCCUUCCUUACUUCAGCGCUUCAAAAGUUUUUUGGGAUAUGAUGAAAAUCAAGAAGAUUUUUCAUAUGAGAGCACAGUGAGCCAAAUUCCGUUCCCAGAGGGGCUUUAUAACAACAUGACCACAGUGAUCAUUAUUCGUGCGCAUACUAAUCUGGAAAUAAUAUCGUAUGCGGAGGAGAAGGUCACUUUCAGAGAUACGAUGUCCAAGAUCGGAGGCCUUAUUGGCGUUGUUGGAUCCAUUAUCGUCUUCCUUUUUGGGGCUUCGCUCUUGUCACCUUGGGGAUAUGUGGCUGGUUUACGUUUUUUCCGACAACGCAUCUCGGCAUCCAUGGCUAUGGCAUAUGAUACACAGGAUGGAUUAUCUAAAGGGCCUUUUACGACUCAAUUUGAGGAAACUGGCAAGUUUGAUCCCGAGAUCGUAACCAUGGAGCAAAAAAUUGUACUUCUGAAGGAAAGGAUUGAUGAGCUUGAAAUGGUCCUGAGCGAAUAUUAUCUGGACCCAGAGGUCUUUCAAAACUAUGCAGAGGAACGCUCAAAACUAAAACUGGGAAGAAAAGUAUCUCUUGUUUCUUGCGCUACUGGAAAAGCCAGUCUGGCAUUCUCUCCAGACCAGCAGCAAGAACAGCAGCAAGAACAACAAUCAUACCAACAGAGUCCAUAUGCACCUGGCCAUUAUCGGAGGCCAAGCGAGACUCUGAGAGAAAGUCAACAUCAACAUAAGGGUCCAUUACCAUCACCACAGAACCCGGCAUCAUAUGCAAGACAGAGCAUUGAACGAGGGUAUGAACCUGAGAUGAGUGUUUCCGCAUACUACCAACAACAACAACAACAACAACAGUCUCGGGGCCAAAGAAAGCAACGCAAUAAUUCCGAGCAGUCAUUGCUCAGAAUCGCCUCAGAGGAUGGGGAAGAGGAAGAGGAUGAAGAUCCUGCUUCCCCUAUACAGGCAUCUAACUUGUCAACCUCCGAUCAACAGCGUCAAGGGCUACUUCAGCAGGAUCACUAUCUGAUGCGUCAAUCGUUCCUCCAGCAACAACAGCAGCGGCCCCCAUCAUUCCCACCACGGCCUCGCAAGGAGACCAUCAUACCUAUGGCUAUCAAAGCCACCCCUGCGCCCUCAUCAGUAUCUCCUUCUCCAAGAACAUCACACCCUGCAUUUACUGCUAGCACUCCUGAUGACUCUAACGGAUCGGGAUCAAUGUGGCGAAAGAGUGAAGGCGACACAGGAAGUCUAGCCGCCGCUCUUACUCCAAGAGUGCAAAUGGGUUCACCGGGGAGGCUAAACAGUGAAGCCUCUAGCGCUGUUGUUGGUUCUCGUGAAAGGGGGGGUGGCAAUGAUGUGCAAUAUGAAGAAUUAGAUAUGUCUGAUCUGUCACGGAUGCCAUGAGAGUAUUAAUUAAUAUAGCAGUCAUUGGCUGAUCAUUAAGCCAAGUGGAGGAUUAACGGCACCGCAUCCCUUGCCAUUUAUUAUAGAAUAGUAGCGUUAAAUACCGAUGCCUCAUAUCCAUACUAAAUACACCAAAGACCUUUUUGUGGUUGGUCGACCAAACUUUUUCUGAGUAUUAAACCCGUUUUUGUUGAAGC